CAGACAUGGCGAAGAACAUUGGCAGCAUUCUUUUAUUAACGUUUGUGUUAUCGUUUGUACGGGCAGAUGAAUACGAGCGACAAUGGAAUACACCGCCAGAACUAACACCAGAGUCGAUCGUUAAGAUCUUAGACAAUGAAGAACCCCAGAUGCGUCUCCUUUCCCUCAUUCCCGUCACAGCGACUGUCAGUUUAAUUGCAGGGAAUAACAAUGCUCACUCUGUCAGUCUGGGUGCAAGUCUCGACGGUGUUAGCUUUUCGGAAAGUAACAGUCACAAUCGUCUUACGGGGUAUGAGACUGAUGGAUCUUCUGUUUCCGUAAGCAAAUCGGCGACUGUUUCUGCGGGAUUAUCAGGAAUUUCUACCGCAGGCGCGGAAGCUUAUAAUAACGGUAACAAUGCCAAAACUGAAAGCCAUUCGUUUAGUUUUGGUCAAGCAACUGCAACUUCCUUCGGAACGAUUGAAAAUGGACAAGCGAUUACCGGUGCUGCAUCUUCCGCUGGUAUCUCGCAAUCCUUUACAAUGGGUGGUAAUCGCAAACAAUUUUCGCAAGCUGGUAUCGUCAAUGUGCGAUAUCCCACAUGGAGCAACAUUGGCCCAAACAAUGGAUACAUUGAUCAACGUUUCAAUCGACCGACAUUGACUAUUUCGAACACAGAUCCAAACAAUGGAUACAAUAAUCAACCAACAUUGAUUAUUUCGAAACCAUGGGAUGAAACAAAUCGACCAACAUUAAAUAUCGAUGCACAUGAUACAUCGAGACAAGAACAAAAGCCAACGGUUCACAUCCACAAAUGGCAACCGAAUCAUAGGAUUUCCCGACCAGAUUUUUCAAUUAAACAUCAGCUACACGAUAUUAGAACCAACCAAAAUCAUGGAUCGAUAAAUCUUCAAAUCCAAAGCAAAGAUUUUAAACAAAAGUAUUCUGGUAGUGAUUUAAUUUCUGAUCUCGCGCAAACUGUUGAUGAAUUAUUUGAUAUUGUAUGAUAAAAAUACAAAUAAAAAUUAAUAUGU